GCCGAGCUAGACAUCCUUUCGAACUUCAGAAAUCUCAUUGCAAAAGCCUCCAUCUAGAUCAUUUGUUUCUCUUAUAUCUCGAUGAUCAUUUUCUUUAAUCUGCAUUUCGGCUUUCCUAAACCAGUUUGGUGAUUGAGAUUUUGAUUGAUCGCUGUUCUUUAUGCCACUAGUUAUUUCUCUCUCGUAAGCUGUUCUUAGAGGAAUUAAGAUUGCGCUGGUGUUUCUUGUUAACUUAUGCAGAGCUUGAUAUCAGCCGUUCUUGGAACUGACACUGAAGUUUGUAGAUUUGUUACCGUGACUGGAUUAAGUGUGAAAGGGUUUUGCUUUUGGCAUUUGUGAUUCCUUAAAACAGUGUUUAUCUGUUUGUCAUGGAUGAGAUAUUUAUGUAGGGGAUUUUUGCUACACCAGUAAGGAAAAUCAGAAAUUCUUCUAGACAGAGGAUUGGCAGAGAAAUAUUGAAGAUUCAUUUUGGUAGCUGUCUAUAAGUGUAACAUAGGCUCUUGUUGUGGAGGCCUGGUAUAUGCUGCCAUGCAAAGGCAAAGUAUCCUUACUUACAAGGCGUUUUUCAAUUUCGGAAGGUUUCUUGAUGGACAAUAUGAUUCGAGAAUACACUCCAUAUUUUCCAAUUCGCUUCCUGUCAGAAGUCUAACCAUAUCAGGAGGUUUGAAAGCAACAAUUCCGUAUAUGAUUAGAGUCUCAGGGUUAGAAUCCAUGAAAUUUGGUUCAUUCAAGACUCUGAAAACCAGAAGUGUCGCUAAAGAAAAUCAAGACAAGUUGUCUGAUGAAGACGAUGAGCUAUGCCCAGUUGAAUGUGUCAGGGAAUUUAGAACUGAUGAAGAAUUCCUCAGAAUUUUAGAGAAAGCCGAGGAAACAAAUUCUUUAGUUGUGGUAGAUUUUUAUCGCACUGCAUGUGGUAGUUGCAAGUAUAUAGAUCCAAUCUUUUCAAAAUUAUGCAAGGGAUCUGGUGAUGAAGGAGCUGAAGUAAUCUUCUUAAAGCAUAAUGUUAUUGAUGAAUAUGAUGAACAAUCUGAGGUUGCAGAGCGACUUAGAAUAAAGGCGGUGCCCCUCUUUCACUUCUAUAAGAAUGGGGUGCUAUUGGAAGCCUUUCCAACCAGGGAUAAAGACAGGAUUAUUGCAGCCAUUCACAAGUACACAGCUACAGCCUCUCCAGAUGUUUAAGCCAAUUUAAUUAUGAUUCAAAAUAUGGCUUCUUGUAACUUAGCUAAAAAAAAAUAUGGCUUUUGUACAUUACCUGCAGGAGUCUUCAUACUGAUGAAAGGAUGUACAAGUGCUUUGGUAUUAUUCCAUAUAGCAACAAAGCACACAACGUUUUUUCUUCUUGUUAGAAAAAUAAUGAUUAUACAUCUUGUGUCAUUAAAAGUUUAAACUCUUUAUCCUUAUACUUGAUCAAAAAUAUUAAAUUUUUUAUA